AUGUUGCUACGAGCAGUUGGACGACAGAUGACGUCGGUUAUUCGACAACAGACUGCUGUUAGAAGUAUCACUAUGACCAGAGUAGCUCUUGGUGGAGGAGGCCAUCAUCAUGACCCUCAACCAGUCUAUAUCCCAAAACCAGGAUCCCUUGACUGGACCCUUUGUGGAUACUCACACGCAAAAUCUGCUCAUCCACAUGAACCUCAUAAGACAGAUGUUGGAUCUCUCGUCGGAGCUGUCGUUUUCAUUGGUCUCACUCUCGCUGCUGUUUUUUUCAAGACUGACACCUUCAAGAAGGAUGAUGGGCAUCACCAUGGGCACAGCGCGAAACAUUCGGCUCAGCAAGAAGAAGUGCAUCACGAAGAGCCGGAAGAGAAACAUGUUGAACCAGAAGUAGAUCCCCGUAAACCAGAAGAAGUUCUUGCUGUUCGUGAAGCACCAGCCGCUGUUGAAGAGCCUGUUCCAACGACAUCGAAGCAAGAGCAGGAGGAGAAGGCUGAUAAAGAAGCUGCUGAGACCAAGAAGGCUGAAUCAGAAGAGACGUCUGUUGAGCCACAGGGAACUACAUCUAAACAAGAGCCAGAAGGAACUUCAGCUACUGAGGAACCAGUUCCAUCGACUUCCAAGACCACCGUAGAGCCAACACCUUCAGAACCGAAACAAGAGAAUUCAUCAUUACACUGUGAAUACGUCAUCAUCGGAUCUGGAACUGCUGCUUAUUAUGCAUCGUUGGCAAUUAGAGCGAAACAAGCCGAAGCUAAAGUUCUUAUGAUUGGAGAAGAAUCAGAACUACCGUAUAAUCGUCCUCCUCUUUCAAAAGAGCUCUGGUGGUAUGGUGACGAAACUGCUGCCUCAAAACUGGACUACACUUCACUUUCUGGAAAGAAACGAGACAUUUUCUACGAAGUUGAAGGAUUUUUCGUGUCUCCUGAAGAUAUUCGAAAAGCACCACAUGGAGGUGUAUCACUAAUUCGUGGAAAGAAGGCCAUCAAAAUUUGUGUGGAUGAUAAGAAAGUGAUUUUGGAAGAUGGAACAACAAUUGGAUAUGAUAAGGUGUUGAUUGCAACUGGAGUUCGGCCAAAGAAGGAGAAAGUGUUUGAUGAAGCAAGUGAAGAAGCAAAAGAGAAAAUUACUUAUUUCCAUUAUAAAAUCUUUUUUUUUCUAUUCUGCUUGUUUCAGCCAAAAGAUUUCAAACGUGUCGAGCGAGGACUAGCUGACAAAUCCAUCCAAAAAUUGGCUAUCGUUGGAAACGGACUUCUUGCUUCUGAAUUAGCCUAUUCUAUCAAAAGAAAAUAUGGAGAAAACGUCGAGGUUCAUCAAGUGUAUGAGCAAAAGUACCCAGCCGAGGACAUUCUCCCAACUCAUCUCGCUCAGAAAUCUUUCGAAGCCAUCAAGAAUAGUGGAGUUAACGUUCGUGCAGAGCAGAAAAUCGAAGGAGUUAGAAAAUGUUGCAAGAACGUAGUUCUGAAGUUGUCAGAUGGAACUGAACUUCGAUCCGAUAUGGUUAUUGUUGCAACUGGAGAAGAGCCAAACUCUGAGAUUAUCGAGGCAUCUGGAUUGAAAACUAGCGAGAAGGAGGGCGGAGUUCUUGCUGAUAAAUAUUUCAAAGUUGCUGAAAAUGUGUGGGCAGCCGGAGCAAUUGCCACUUUUAAUGAUAACAUUCUUGGAUCCAGAAGAAUUAGUUCGUGGGAGAAUGCACAAGUUAGUGGACGGUUGGCUGGAGAAAAUAUGGCGACAGCUGGAAAGACAGAGAAGGCGUUCUGGUAUCAACCAUCAUUCUUCACAAAAUUCGCUCCACAUCUUCAUAUCAACGCAGUUGGACAGUGUGAUUCCACUCUAGAAACAGUCACUGUCUACGCUGAACCAGAUGGCGAGAAUCCUCUGGAAAAAGCUGUUGUCUUCUAUAAAUCGAAGGAAAAUGGAAACGUUGUUGGUGUGCUUCUUGUUAACGUUUUCGGUCCGUCUCUUGACGUGGCUCGUCGUAUAAUUGAUGAUCAAAAGAAAGUAGAAGAAUUCAAGGAGAUUGCCAAACUCUUCCCACUUUAUGAGCCACCGAAAGUCGAAGAGGAAACGAAGGAAAAGAGUCCAUGA